AUGUUUUGGAAGUCUUUAUAUAAUGGCGCUAAGCCUAACAUUUUACUCUCAACUGGAAAUUAUGGGAGUGCCCUCGCAGCUGCCGCAUAUGAGGGAAGGUUUGACGUGGUUCGAGUUCUGAUAAGCAAAGGUGCGGAUCCUAAUCAACUUCUUUCAACUGGAAUUUAUGGAAGUGGUCUCGUGGCGGCUGCGGCGGCUGGCCGCAUAAGUGUUCUCGAGUAUCUCAUCCAUGAAGCGAAAGCCGAUGCCAAUUUUUUGACAGAGCAUCAUGGAAGAUAUGGAAGCCCUUUAGCAGCGGCCGCUAAUUUGGGGAAUAUUAAAAGCGUGAAGAUCUUGCUGCGAGCUGGGGCAGAUCCGAACCUUGUACUCGAAAAUCCAUGUUUUAGCAAUGCCCUUCAUGCUUCACAAGCGGACCUUUAUCCGAGCGACCAGGAGCUUGUCGAAUACAAAGUUUCUGAGUUGACACGUUCGCAACUUGACCAACAGACACCUGUUGCUGAAGCGAAGGCUAUCGUGGCGAGGGUCCUGGAAAAUUUAGCUCGACUUCACGAAUUGGAAAGACACGCGCCUGGUCUACUUGAAGACUCUGGAGACUAA